GCCGGCUGCAGGGGGAGGAAGGCAGGGAGGAGGAGCUGAGCACCGCGGCGGCGGUGGUGGCGGCUGCUACGGCCGCCUGAGGAGCCAAGCCGAGCGCCACUGGGGGCGGCGGGGAGACGGAGCGAUCGGCAGAGCCUGGGCGGCGGGGCAGAGCUGCGGAUUGGCCAACGGCUCCUUUCAACCCUGCCUCGUUGGUGGCCACUGGAGAAGCGCGGGGGGCUCCCCAGACAGCCGUGGGGACAAGUUAGAGCCAGCACUUUAUCCCGAGCCUCGCGUGUAGCUUCCCCUCCCCUGCUCUAGGUGCCCCGGUGUCCGGAGGGGGGUGCGGGGUGUGCCCUCCUUACAUGGUCCACGGCCCGCCCGGGCAGCCCUCCGGUCUGGUGUUCCAUCUCGCUCUUGCUUCCUGUACCGUGGUCAAGUGGAACCACUUUGCAUCAUGUCCCGGUAUAGCUACAAAAGCCUCCUGGACUGGCUCUAUGGGGGUGUGGACCCCAGUUUUGCAGGCAAUGGGGGCCCCGACUGUGCUGCCUUCCUGUCUUGGCAGCAGCGGCUGCUGGAAAGUGUGGUGGUCCUGACCCUGGCCCUGUUGGAGAUCCUGGUGGCCCUUCGGCACAUCCUGAGGCACACGGAGGACGGUAGGGGUGGUCGUGGCAGCCAGCCACAGCAGGUGACCCAGCGGCCAGAGGAAGGCAAGGAGAGCCUAAGCAAGAAUCUGCUCUUAGUAGCCCUAUGCCUGACCUUCGGGGUGGAGGUGGGCUUUAAGUUCGCCACCAAGACCGUCAUCUACCUGCUCAACCCUUGUCACCUGGUCACCAUGAUGCAUAUCUUUCUCCUGGCCUGUCCUCCAUGUCCGGGAGCUAUCGUCAUUUUCAAAUUACAGAUGCACAUGUUGAAUGGAGCUCUUCUGGCACUGCUGUUUCCUGUGGUAAAUACACGGCUGCUCCCCUUUGAAUUGGAGAUUUACUACAUCCAGCAUGUCAUGCUCUAUGUGGUUCCCAUCUACCUGCUUUGGAAAGGAGGUGCUUACACUCCAGAGCCCCUCAGCAGUUUCCGGUGGGCUCUUCUUUCAACUGGCCUUAUGUUCUUUUACCACUUCAGUAUCCUGCAGAUCCUCGGCCUGGUCACCGAAGUGAAUUUGAACAACAUGCUGUGUCCGGCCAUCUCAGACCCAUUCUACGGCCCCUGGUAUCGCAUCUGGGCCUCGGGACACCAGACUCUCAUGACCAUGACCCACGGGAAGCUGGUCAUCCUGUUCUCAUACAUGGCUGGGCCUUUGUGUAAAUAUCUGCUGGAUUUGCUCCGGCUUCCAGCCAAGAAAAUAGACUGAAGGUGCUUGGAUUUUUGUUUUAUUUUGUUUUUAUUUUUGUUUUGUUUUGUUUUGUUUUGUUUUGUUUUGUUUUCUCCCCGAGGAAGCAAGUCCUGACUUGACUUGGAGAACACUCAGUUCUUGAUGAAAUCAUGGGAGAAGGCAGUGGGAUGCUUGGUAUAUUAAUUUUUUUCCUCCUCUCUGUCCCUUGCUUCCACCACAUUCCCCUUCCCAGCUCCUCUCCAUGGAUGGCUCCUUGUGCUCCAGGGUGGUGCUGGGGGGCUGGACCUUCCCUCCUUCCCUCCCGUGGGCUCUGGGUCUCCGUUCCACCCUGCUCCUUCUGAGUCGCCUUACCCUGGAAGAUGGUAGUCAGGGCUCCCUCAUUCUGCUUGUUGGUGCUUUUAACAACAGCUGGUUGAGGAGUCAGGGAACAACAAGCUGUAAUUCUUCCAAUAUCACAGCAAUGAAAUCGUGUUGAGUUUCAUUUCACCACUGCCAGGGACCCCCAGGCUUAUGCUGGGAUCCCCUUUUAUCUCCAGCACAGCCCCCACCAGAAGGAGACCGAGGCCUUGUUCCUAUACCAGCGGCAAUCCCAGAGCCAAGGGAUUUCCCAGCUCACAGCCAAAAUAGAACUGUCCAGAUUCUUCCCAUUAGUGUCCUGUGACUCAAAGCAGGGAGCUACCUAGUCACUCCUUUCAGGGUGCUGCCUCAGGUAGAGGGUGACAGCACCAUGCAGUCCAUGGGCAAAAUUUUGUAGAAGGGGUUAGAGAUCCGUUGGAACAGUGAAUUUGAUGUAAGGAGGAUGAAGAUGUACACAGUACCAGGCAGGACCCUGAAAAACCUGCCCAUGAAAACUGAGAACAGAUCUGUUUCUCAUUCCGAAGUGGGCAUAGAAAUUAAAUCAAUUAAGGCAAGUGGUAGCUUGAGAAAGCUGUGACUUGAAUCAAGGUCCAUGCUCAUGUGGAUAAUAGGCACCAUUCUAGCCUCAGGUGCCUCUUGAACCAUCCUCAUUGUCUCUGUGUGUUUAUCUGUUUCUCUUUGUCUGGGGCAGCUCCAUGUAAGAGUGAGCUGGAGUUGGGGCCCUGGACUGUUUGGCUCUUUGUUUUGGUUGUUUGAAUUGAGGGAAGCCUUGUGUUCCAGAAGGUCCUGCAGAUCUACUGCUGGCACUCAGAGGGCAUGUUCGUAGGUCCUGCUGGCGGUCACUCUAGGCUCAGAUUUCUUUGGUGCAGCCAGACUUGGUGCUGAAUCAUACUGUGUAGGGGAGCAUCACAUGUUGUAGUUGGCUCACCUCCAAAGCCCAUGUGUAAGUCCAAAGGGAGCUAACCACCCCAUAGGUGGAGGUUACAGUGUUUUGAAAGGAGGAGCUUUCAUUGAAAGAUACUGUUUAUAAAAGGAGAGAGUGCAAAGAAAUCCUAGCUAGGAGCAGUCCCUGGGGCUCAACCUGGCGCAUGCCGCAGCAUGGAGUGGCUACCUGCAGAAAUACAGGGCCGCAAAUGAGGGUAUCAGCUCCGGAAUGCCACAGUGGUUAGAAUGCUGCACUCCCUUUAUCCUAAUCUUGGCAGCAUGGACCAGAUUGCCAGGCACCUUGGGCUUUUCAUGCAUUGGCAUGCCUCCAUUAGCUUGCCUCUGCCCUGGCACUGGCUCAGCCCAUCAUUUCUGGCAGGUACUUUCUGGUGCUCAGAAGGAAAGAAGAAAUUAAAAGUCAUAUUGUUUGGCAUAGCCAAGCCAAAGCCAGACACGUCUGUCAGUGGAAGGAGGAAGUGAGGGGGAAAUGCAAGGGACUAAUGGCAAAAAAGAAAAACAUAGUGGGCCCCUUCCAUAGACUCCUUGGGGAGUUCUGGCCUGGGUUUGAGGUAUUGCUAAGCAGCAGGCCUCUCCACUACCUAUCUCUCACUCUUAUCUUGGGUCAGGCCCAUGUGGAGAGAGGUAACCUGUUCAGACCAUUAGCACUCUGCCUUGGGGUUGACCCCCAUGUAUGCCAAUAGCUGGCCCUCUACUGCCUCUGGCACGGGGAAUGAGGGAAAAGACAGUUUCCCCUGACUUCCCAAAUCUUCCUCAGAUCUUUCUUGUCUAUAUCAAGGCUGUUCCCUAGCUACCCUGGCCACAUUUCCAUGUCAUCUACCAGCAUGUGUGAGCUCUGUGCUUGAGCAAGAGUACUCAAUUUCUUUCAAACAGUUCCAGCAAGGGAGAAGAGUGAUUCCUCACAUGCUCAGGCAGCCUUAGUCAAGUUGGACAACUUGUGGCAGCCACGCUGAGUUAGACAAUCAUCCCUACUUAAAGGUCUUCCUUGUUCCCCAUAUUUGGUUUUAUAUACCUAAGACCAAGCCCACCAUCCUCUCAGAGGCCUAGUGACAUGCUAUUCUGUCAUCCUGUGACAGACUGUGGGAUCCUGGAACCCCUGCCUUCAUCUCUCCAAGUCCAUCUUCUGUCUCUCUGUGGACUCCUUUGUACUUGCAGGAGCUUUUUCUAGGGUCACUGGGCUAAGUGGGGACAUCUGCACUUUACUCUAUGGUACCUCAGCCUGUCAGAUCAUCCCUUUUGCUGUAGCCUCUGUCAGAGUUUUGCUAUGUGUGACCAUGGAUGAAUCAGUGUUUUGUGAUGUGGUCACAAGCUUCUCACAGAUAACACAAUGUGGCAGAAAGUCUUCUUCAAGUAGAACUGAGGUUGGGCAGUGCCCUGGGACAUGUUGAAUUGUGUUCUAGAGAGGACUGAGGCCCCUUUCUACCCCUAUAUCUGCCAAAAAGAUUUCCCUGGAAAUGUGGACAUUGGUCUACCAUUACCUGUCCGCUAUAAGAGGAAGAGUUUCUUAAUGAUUUCUACUGUAAGGGAGG